AUGGAUUUCAGCAUCAGGUUGACCAUGUUGAUCCCAUCUUCGGGCAGAGACACACAAGAAAAUCCGGAAACUGUGGUCAACAUUCUGAGGCUACACCGAAAAGGUAGAAGCGGCCCAAGACCCGGGCGAGGAAGGAACAACAUGCGCUACAGAGGCAGGAGGGGCUCAGGCAAUCGGGGGUCGAGGGGACCACCUAGGAGACCCAGACGAUCACCAUCCAUCCCACCAACACCCCCACCACAACUACCUUCACUCCCACCAACACCCCCACCUCAACAACCACCACCAGCCCCACCUCAACAACAACCACCACCACACCCACCUCAACAACAACCACCACCACACCCACCUCAACAACAACCAACACCACCCCCACCUCAACAACAACUACUUCAACAAACUUCCGCACUAGGCCUACCACAACGACACCCGGUACUACCACAACACUCCUACCCUGGCAUAUUCCCUCCUCCCAAUUAUUUUAACCACCAAACCUCACUCCAAUACCUCAUGCUGAAAUCCAUAUCAACCUGA